AGUACCAAAAAAACGAGGACCACGUCCACAUCGUCGAUUAUUACUUAAGUCACUUUUUGAUGAAAACAUUGCGAUUUCAGAGGCUACAAUUAACGAAUUGUGUCCACAAACGGAGCAUUUUUGUAUUCAUGGUUGCAUCGUGCGGUGA